UCGGGCCCAACAACGCCCUAAAACAGCAGGAAUUUUGGAUGGAGAACGAGCCACCCACUAGUUGAGCGGUCCAGAUAGCGUAGCUGUGUAACAGACUGCCGUAGCUACUUGGCCAAGCUGAAGCAAAACUGUUAAGUGACCGAAAAUAGCGUGAACAAAGUAAGCUUCAGCGACCGCAAAAAUACGCUUCAAACGCUUGGAGAACAACCAUCCCAUUCCGUGUCUGUGAGGAGCCCAAGUGCGUGUUUUGUUAUUGUCAUAAUCGAAUUAAUGCAAGCUGUGUGAGUGUGUAUUCGUUUGUUGUCAUCGUUGGGGUUACUCUCGUGACAGAAGAAAUGGUGCCUCAUCCAUAAGUCAUCGACAGUUACAAGUACUAACUUGUCCGUGAGUUCGACUGUACACGAUUAAACACAGCUCGUGAAGAAACUUCUGACCGAGGUCAGUCCCACGGUCAAUUGUAGCGGCAGUCCUGCCACAGCUACAGUUUCGUGGGUACGUAAACUUACGUUACUUGUACUACAACUACCCGAGACUACUACAAGUAGUACUACUACAAGAAUACCGAGUUCGCCUGCUGUGUUGCAUUUGUGAAACCCGGACGUCGGCUGAAACUUACUACUCCGUGAGGAAUCGUCUCCUCUCCAGGUUUCGAACUCCUGACGGAACCCCACGAUCUAACUAGUCUACCUCAGAUGAGUGGAAGGUAAUAUAUCGACAAAGGCGUGCAAUGCAGUGACGAGACAUGCAGUGACAAGUUGCUUUUGUGCGCGUGCCCGAAGGACGGUUACAGGUCAAAGGACGGGGCGCUUUCUGUGUACUAGAUCUUGGAAUAGUGGGGCUAUUUGGGACCGUUUAGGUGAAAGCGGCAGAAGACUAGGCAUAGCAAGGAUGUCAUCGGGUGAUGGUAUGACUGGAAUGGGAGGUGGAAUGAACUCGUGGCAGGCGAUGACUGGCCCGUUGGAGCCCGCUUCAUCUCCACCAUCGUGGCCUCCGUCCAUUGGUCAUGGAGCACCAUCUCCUGCUACUCACAAAGCUACGACUCACAUGUCCGUAUCAAGUGCACUAUCCACGAUCCGGCCGUUGUUUGCAGGAUACCCAUUCCAAGGAGACCGGUUCAAUUAGACCAGGAGUAAUAGGCGGUUCGAAACCUCGUGUCGCUACACCUGACGUAGAGCGACGAAUCGAAGAUUAUCGAAGAGAAAAUCCCCGAAUCUUCUCUUGGGAGAUCAAAGAUCGCUUGCUUAAAGAGGGCAUUUGCGAUUCGAAUACGGCACCGUCUACCAGUUCAAUAUCUCGACUUCUUCGUGGAAACGGUAGCGAUCAGCCAGGAAGUGGCGGUGCUUACGAGCAUGGUACAUCUGAAGCCGGGAGCGAUGAUGAUAAAAAAAUGUUCGAGCUCGGCCUAAACCAGGACAUUAUGAAUAAUCACAGUCCAGCCAGUUUGGGAAUCAGUCCACUGUCGAGUAGUCCUUUAACCUUCGGCCCGAGUACUAGCCCUGUUCAGUCUCAGACGAACAUUGCCUGCGGAAAUACUACAAAACAACAUAAACACACUAUCGACGGAAUCCUCGCGCCAGAUUCGCGCAUCAAAGAUGACUCAAGCCUCGAUCUCGAUGAUAACAACUCUGGUGCUUCGUCGGAGCAGGAGGAUGGCGAGGUCGGGAUCACGCUCAAAAGAAAACAACGGAGAUCGCGGACGACAUUUACGGCACAACAGCUGGAUGAGCUAGAGCGUACGUUCGAGCGAACUCAAUACCCGGACAUCUAUACCCGUGAGGAAGUAGCCCAGCGGACUCGUCUCACCGAGGCUCGUGUGCAAGUUUGGUUCAGUAAUCGACGCGCUCGCUGGCGCAAACAAAUUGGACAUAACGGCCAACAUCAUCCUCAGACACAUUCGGCUCAUAGUGGUCACCCUGUGCACGCCGGUCAUCAUGGGACGCAUCUGCCAGCUGUCGGUGGCUUUCCUGCCCUUGCUUCACCGUCGGUUUACUCCUCAUCGGCCUACGGUGGCCUGCUCAACGAGGCGGUGUCCCCCCAAUCCUCGCUUGGCCCUGGCACCGUCUACCAUACAUCAAACCCCACUCCUCAAUCCCAACCUGGAGCGAGUCAGCAGCAGGCUGGGCCGCAACAGCAGCAAGAUCAAUGCUCAAGUGCAGCAAAUGCGGCAAGCGCAAACGUGACUAGCACCGACAACACGAAUCCACGCAACAACCAUGAGUCGGAUAGCGGACUCACAUCGCAUCCGUGCCGCGAGGACAGUGACUUGGCCUCAUUGACAGCUACUAGUGGAGGUGGCCACUCGGAGAGCAGCACGGCUGGGCUUCAGCAUCAGACCGGAGGUGCCUACCCCGCAGUGGGCGCAUUAGGCCUUCAUGCAGUGGGUGUUGGUGUUGGGGUGGGUCAGCUUGCCUCACAGGAAUACCACUCACAUGCAGUUACUCCGGCUGGAACAACCCACGGCCAUGCCGCGAUCGACGACCUCAUGCCUUGGAACCGUCCGAACGCAUGGCCCACCCAGGGCAGUAUUGGCCAGGCCACUCAGGCGCCAGGAGUUAAUAAUCACCAUAUGUCGGCCGCGGCAGCAGCUAUGUGUCAUGGAGCUCCUACCCCGCAGAAUGGAACUGCCACGUUUAACGAAGUAUUCUCUCCAGCACCAGCUGCUAACGGCUACUUAACGGGGGCGGACUUUGGUCAGUUUUAUUACCCGGGUGGGCAGUUGAGUGGAGCCGGUCUUCGAGGUUUGACACUCUAAAAUCUCCGAGACAAUACCAAGAGCUCCGCCUCUACCUUUGCACUAAAUAGAGUAGCUUGAAGAAAAAAAAGAAGACACUACAACAAUGAUACAUAAUGGGCAAACGUGACCACGAGACGAAGAGUGGAAUAGCUGUGAACGGAAAGCAAGCGAGAUAUUCACGAUGUAAAUAUGUUGUGCGAGUGCCUAUUUUUUUGUGACUGAAAGAUAAAAGCAGAUGUUGUUUCGAAGCGUUAAAAGGACGCUUCGUCAAUAUAACACAGUUAAAAUUUUCUGCAGUUUCGGCCAUUUUAAUAGAAAGUGGGGCAGUAAUGAUUUUUGCGUUCGGCAGGAUCGUAUGAAAUUAGACCUUCAGACCGUGUUCAAUAUGUUGAAAGAUCAACAACCUCAGCCAGGUAUCACUGAUUUGGGAGUUCGGUAGAUUUUCAAUGGUAUAGGAAAUUUACUAUAUUGGCGUUUGCUGGAAGUUCCAAUAGCAGAUAUGUUCAAAGUCAGGACUGCAACUGCAUGUAACCUACUUCCUGUUAAUACAAAUAUAUCUCGUAUGUUUCCUGUUUUAUCAAAUAGAUUUCGUCGUCAAUCUACUUGCUACUUCGGUGCAGUUACAUCCAAUUUGUUUGCACCAUGUGCGUACGAAUCUAUCCAUCUCCUCCUGCUACUGGAACUUAAUCUAGGUUUGCGAUAUAAAGAUCGUCAGUCAAUUAGAGAUUGAAGUGUCCUAGGAAACAUCUGCUGCUGCAGGGAUGACGAAGAGGAUCACUGAGAUUUGUUUAGAGCAGAAGGUGUUUGUGGAUAAUGUUUAGUGCAAUUGUCAUUGAAAAAAAAAAACUGAUACGACGGGUAUUCAGUAAGGACGUGUACAAACUGACGCAGAGGGAGAUGCUGUUUGGAUUCAUUCAGACAUAAUGGUAAAUUAUCAAGCGGCAUGAUUAAUAGAUGAGAUCUAGGAAUAGACGUUUCCCUUAAACCGCUCGUGUAUGCACUUUAGCGGUACGCAGGGGAGAGCCAGCGUAAGCCGAAAACCAAUAAACGUUAUCGAAAAUUGUAAAUUUUAUCUCAAGGGAU